AUGCCCCCUUUCCUGUUGCUGGAAGCCGUCUGUAUUUUCCUGUUUUCCAGGGUUCCCCCGUCCCUCCCUGUGCAGGAAGUCCUCGUGAGCAGGGAGACCAUCGGGAAGAUUUCGGUGGCCAGCAAAAUGAUGUGGUGCUCGGCUGCGGUGGACGUCCUGUUUCUGUUAGACGGGUCUCACAGCGUUGGGAAAGGGAGCUUUGAAAGGUCCAAGCACUUUGCCAUCACGGUCUGUGAUGCUCUGGAUGUCGGCCCUGACAGGGUCAGAGUGGGAGCGCUCCAGUUCAGUUCUGCUCCGCAUCUGGAAUUCCCCUUGGAUUCGUUUUCAACCCGGCAGGAAGUGAAGGCAAAAAUCAAGAGGAUGGUCUUCAAAGGAGGACGCACAGAGACAGGGCUUGCCCUGAAAUACCUUCUGCGCACAGGGUUCCCUGGAGGCCGAAACGGCUCUGUGCCUCAGAUCCUCAUCCUCGCCACUGAUGGGAAGUCCCAGGGGCAUGUGGCGCUGCCGGCCAAGCAGCUGAAGGAAAGGGGCGUCACUGUGUUUGCCGUGGGGGUCCGGUUUCCCAGGUGGGAAGAGCUGCACACGCUGGCCAGCGAGCCGAGGGAGCAGCACGUGCUGUUGGCUGAACAGGUGGAGGAUGCCACCAACGGCCUCUUCAGCACCCUCAGCCACUCUGCCCUGUGCACCGCCGGCUCCCCAGACUGCAGGGUCAGGGCUCACCCCUGUGAGCGCAGGACGCUGGAGACGGUCCGGGAGCUCGCCGGCAACGCCCUGUGCUGGAGAGGAUCGCGGCGGACCAGUGCCGUGCUGGCCACACUCUGUCCCUUCUACAGCUGGAAGAGAGUGUUCCUAACCCACCCUGCCACCUGCUACAGGACCACCUGCCCAGGCCCUUGUGACUCCCAGCCCUGCCAGAAUGGUGGCACGUGUGUCCCAGAAGGACUGGACAGGUACCACUGCCUCUGCCCUCUGGCCUUCGGAGGGGAGGCUGACUGUGCCCCAAAGCUGAGCCUGGAAUGCAGAAUCGAUGUCCUCUUCCUGCUGGACAGCUCGGCGGGCACCACUCUGGAGGGCUUCCUGCGGGCCAAGGCCUUCGUCAAGCGGUUUGUGCAGGCCGUGCUGAGUGAGGACUCCCGGGCCCGAGUGGGUGUGGCCAGGUACAGCAGGGAGCUGCUGGUGGCAGUCCCCGUGGGGGAGUACCAGGACGUGCCAGACCUGGUCAGGAGUGUCGACGGCAUUCCCUUCAGUGGCGGCCCCACCCUGACGGGCAGUGCCUUGUGGCAGGCGGCAGAGCGCGGCUUUGGGAGCGCCACCAGGACGGGCCAGCACCGGCCACGCAGAGUGGUUGUCCUGCUUACUGAGUCACACUCGCAGGACGAGGUGGCCGGUCCAGCACGUCACGCCAGGGCCCGAGAGCUGCUCCUGCUGGGCGUGGGCAGUGAGGCCGUGAGGACAGAGCUGGAGGAGAUCACGGGCAGCCCGAAGCACGUGAUGGUCUACACGGACCCUCAGGACCUGUUCAACCAAAUCCCAGAGCUGCAGGGGAAGCUGUGCAGCCGGCUGCAGCCAGGCUGCCAGGCACAGUCACUGGACCUCGUCUUCAUGCUGGACGCCUCGGCCUCAGUGGGGCCCGAGAACUUCGCUCAGAUGCAGAGCUUCGUGAGAAACUGUGCCCUCCGGUUUGACGUGAACCCCGACGUGACGCAGGUCGGCCUGGUGGUGUACGGCAGCCGCGUACAGACCGCCUUCGGGCUGGACGCGCAUCCCACCCUGGCCGCGGUGCUGCGGGCCAUGAGCCAGGCCCCCUACCUGGGCGGGGCGGGCUCGGCCGGCACGGCCCUGCUGCACAUCUAUGACAAGGUGAUGACUGUCCAGCGGGGCGCCCGGCCUGGUGUCCCUAAGGCUGUGGUGAUGCUCACGGGUGGGCGGGGGGCGGAGGACGCGGCUGUCCCUGCCCAGAAGCUGAGAAACAACGGCGUCUCCGUCUUGGUUGUGGGUGUGGGGCCCGUCCUGAGAGAGGCACUGCGGAGGCUUGCGGGUCCGCGGGACUCCCUGAUCCACGUGGCAGCUUACUCAGACCUGCGCUACCACCAGGACCAGCUCAUCGAGUGGCUGUGUGGAGAAGCCAAACGGCCAGUCGACCUCUGCAAACCCAGCCCGUGCACGAACGAGGGCACCUGCGUCCUGCAGAACGGGAGCUACCGCUGCGAGUGCCGGGCUGGCUGGGAGGGCCCCCACUGCGAGAACCGGGUCUUGAGAGGAGAUGCCCCCAAGGCACGAGGCUCCCGCUAGGACCCUGCGGGACAAAGAACACCCUCCCAGCAACGACAGAGAAGACCUGGGCACCCUGGGCGAUGA